AUGACUAGAAAUGGGGUAGUCUUAAUUGCCAUUAGUGGCUGCUCGUCAAGUGGAAAAACCACGAUUGCAAAAUUUCUGACCCAAUUGUUUCCUCAGAGUAUCCUCCUACAUGAGGACGACUUCUACAAACAUGAUGAAGAUGUGCCCUUGGACCCUAAGUACGGAAUCAGAAAUUGGGACUCCCCAGAGGCUCUAGAUAUGAAGUCAUUUGAGAAAGAACUGGACUUCAUUAAGCAGACGGGCCAAAUUUCGAAAGAACUUAUCCAUAAUGACAACGUCGAUAAUAUAGGGAAAUUCGAUAUCGAACAGGAUUUCUUAGCAAGCCUGAAGAAACAAUGCGCUUCCCUUGCUCCAGCUUCGAAAAUAGUCAUAGUCGAUGGCUUCAUGAUAUACCACAAUUCAGUGAUAACAUCUAAAUUCGACGUCAAAAUUCUGAUCCGAGCUCCCUACGAAGUUUUAAAAAAGAGAAGAGCCGCUAGACCAGGCUACCAAACACUUGAUUCUUAUUGGGUGGAUCCGCCUUACUACUUUGAUGAAUUCGUAUACAAGGCAUACCGCGAGGCACACGCUCAAUUGUUCAUCAACAAUGAUGUAGAGGGGAAGAUAGACAGAUCCAAGGCAGAUGGGAUUAUAGACUUCUUCAACGACGAUGAGGUGUCUAUAGAAUCUGCCUUGAAAUGGACGUCACAGAGAAUUAUAGAUUUUCUAAGCGGGUCUAGCUACGCUUAG